GGUGCCCGGAUGUAGUCUCUGCAGCAAGAAAGGGAGGAAAAAAAAAACCCCACACCGGCAGCAAAUAUCUUUUUCUCGCUGCUGAGGCAAAACAAAGACGAAUAUUUGUCCGGACAAGAAGAGAUUUUUCGGGUUUAUUUUCUGCAAAUAUUUGUUGUGGAAUUUUGUCUCCAGAGCAACAAAAUGGGAAAUGAAGCAAGUUAUCCCCUGGAGAUGUGCUCGCACUUUGAUGCAGAUGAGAUUAAGAGGUUAGGAAAGAGAUUUAAGAAACUCGACCUUGAUAAUUCUGGAUCCCUGAGCGUCGAGGAGUUCAUGUCUCUACCUGAGCUGCAGCAGAACCCGCUGGUGCAGAGGGUAAUCGAUAUAUUUGACACCGAUGGCAAUGGGGAAGUGGAUUUCAAAGAGUUUAUAGAAGGCGUCUCACAAUUCAGUGUGAAGGGAGAUAAGGAACAGAAGCUCAGAUUCGCUUUCAGGAUCUACGAUAUGGACAAGGACGGCUAUAUUUCCAAUGGCGAACUGUUCCAGGUAUUGAAGAUGAUGGUGGGAAACAACUUGAAGGACACACAACUGCAGCAGAUUGUCGAUAAGACCAUCAUCAAUGCAGACAAGGAUGGCGACGGGAGAAUAUCUUUUGAAGAGUUCUGUGCCGUUGUUGGUGGUCUCGACAUUCACAAAAAGAUGGUAGUGGAUGUGUGAGUCUUCGAGCGUCCUCCCUCCCUCCCUGCCACCUACAACACGUGCUUUCCUUUCCAUCUCCGAUGAUCUGCUCAAGACCUAGCAAAUGCUCUCUUCCAACAGAAGUAUUUACUCUGUGAAGCUACUUUUAUUGCUACCACGAGCCUGGUGAAACCAACGUGUAAGUGUUUAUUGAACUCUGAUCCUCACAAUAACCUGGUGUAGCACUUUAAUGACUGAAGAACAGCUAAGAGCAUCUCUGUCUGGACAAGGGAAGAUGGGUUGGCUGGUUUUUUUUUUUUCCCCUCCUUUAAAUUAUAUUUAUUUUGCAUCACAUUUUUUAAGCAAGUGUAUAUUAAGCUUUCUGAGAAGGAGGAAGUAUUGUUAACUGUUCAGUACAGAAGUAAUUAGGGUAUGAUGUGCCAAGCAGAACACAGAACCGACAAACCAGACAGAGAUCUUUUAGAAAAACUGGUUUGGUUUUUUCCCCCUUUUGCAAUGUUUCUAUUGUUCUUACAUUUAAUCAGUACUUUUUUUUAUUGUGAUAGUGUUUUAUUUAUGAACCUUCAUAUUACUGGUAAGUAACUUUAUUCUGUGUUGAACUCCAUGACAGUCGAGUAGAAAUAGAUGCCAAAAAAAAGUUUGUGGUUUACUGAAAGCUUAAGCUUUUGUGAAAGACUUUUUUGAUAUUAGUUUUUGCGUGCUCAGAUUCUGAAAGAAUUGUUGAAUCUCACACCUAUAACCCUGUCUGUUAUUUUGACAAUGCCGCCGUACAAAAAAAAGCCCUGCAGAUCAGCAUUGUUUUUGCUUUAGAAACCCAAAAUAACUCUAGACUUGUUAAUACUUGUGUACACAAGCCAGAACAUGGCAUUUAGAAUGGCAGUAUGCUAUCUGUGACUGACUACUACAUGCCCCCAUCUGGAUGAAUGAAGUACUGAAUUUUAAAUCCAACACCCAGUGAAACAUUAAGACCUUGGCAUGAUAUGAGUAAAGAGUUAUGGCUGGAAAUGAUUUGCUCUUUACUAUUUGUAUGUGUUCCUCCAGUGUUUGCAUGAACAUGUUCCAUUCUGCAUGGUUUCCAACUUAUGGCACGUCUACUGUUUACACUUGUGAUUAUUAAAACGUCAAAUCCCUAAAUUAAUUAUGGAUGUUGCCAAAGUUUAGAAAAACCUCAGCACAACACACACUCACUCUUCCUUUUUCUUCCUAAAUAUUAAGUUGCAGUGAAAUGUAUGGUGUGUGUAUAUAGAUCCAGUCAAGGAUACCUUAUAAAAUGUAUUUUUAGUUACUUAAAUGUUAACAGAAUGGGCGUUUCAUUCCCGAGCCAACAUCAACCAUCCUAUUUCCAGUUGGGGAUGUCUACUCUGCAUGCUGAAUCAUGUUGCCUACUAUGGGAUUACUUGGUACUGUACAAAUAAUAAAUGAAUAUUUAAACCCGUAA